AUCAGUUUUCAGGCCGACGACCAUAAUGUUACUAUUGCGCAGGUGCAAAUUCAUAAACUGAAUGCACGCACAGUCUACGGGGCCUGGGGACCAAACAUACGUGAGGCAAGGCGAAUAAAAAAAAUCGCGUGGCCAACCCCUACAAAGUUGAAACAGAAAGGGAUCUUCUUGUCACAAGCUUGAAUUUCUAGUGAAAAAGGGGAGGCUAACCUCUUCCCCAGAGUCAACAGGCCGCGCUAUUUCAGCCUGAUUUUGCACUGUUUCCUAUGGGAGCGUACUUGGUGUAGUCAUGGUGUUGUGCAACCAUGUGCGUGACAAGGCCAAGAGCUCACAUACUGCAUAAAUCAUGUUUCACGUGUGACGCCUAGAUAUCCCAUAUCCCAGGGAACCAAAUGGUGAUUCUCCUGACGUCUUGCAGAUGUCCUCCGAACGUAGGGACCGGUAAAACCGUACCGGGCGGGCAGCCGGGCGCGGUUAAUAUCGGUGAAUGAGGAAACGAAGCCUGAUCAAUGCACAAAUCAAGCAGGAGUGAUCUUUAGUGAACCGGUAACAGUGAAUCCAAAAUGAAGGGCACUGUGGUGAUGCGGAACCCUAGUAUGCCAGACAUUGUUUUCCUGACUGCAGAUAAAGCUUUCAUCAGUCACAUGAACCAACUUGCCAUUGGAAAGAAACUCACCACGGAAGAGGAGGUUGACAAGGAUCAUUUGGACAUAUCCAUAGCAACUCAAUAUUUCUCACCUAUUGUAGCAUCCUAUGCAUCACUGGCCAGUGAGCUUCACUCACCUUACUCAUUGAUCAGAACUCAGAAUGACUUCCUGUUCGUCCUAAAACAGUGUGAUGAUCAUCUGUAUAUUGCAGUGAAUGGCGAUGGCAUUGAAACUGAAGUGUUUCUGCAACGCAAACUGCAAGUUCUCCAUCGACUGGUUUCAUUUUACUACGGGCCCAUAUCUGACCAGCUUCGCCCUGACAGUGUUACAGAGAGGCAACGUGUGUGGGAGGAGUUAACCAGAUUGAUUGACACAUGGACCGAACUAUACAACAAAGAGCAAUGCUUCCUGGUUGAGGCAAUAGAGAGACUACAGGUCAACCAGACAGUCAAUGAAAUCUGUAUUGGUGCAUUAGAAACUGUUCUACGCAGACUACGCUCUGUUGGAGAGAAAUAUGCUGUGCAUGCAAUGCUUAUGGUAGAUGCCAAGUUGUUAGCUCUCUAUUCAAGUCGCAAGGCAUCUGAAUUGCAGUCAUCGGAUAUUUUGAUAGCCACACUUCUGGCACAGAGCUUCUAUUAUGCCAAGGAGAGCUCAGAAAGCUUUGUGACACAAAGCGUGCAGCAUUGUGAAUGGCCAGACAGCUCACUCAACCCGCAACUUUCCAGCAACAGUGAUGAAUAUUUGAGUGCAGAUGAUGGGUCUGCCUAUUACAGCCCUGAUGACUCGGAUAAUGAUGCCAGUGACAUUGAUACAACAGGCAGGUUUGGUACACAAGUCCAAGCUUGUCCUAUGAAUCGAGAGCAUUUGGCCAACAUGGAGGAUAAGGGAGCAGCAGUGGAUGGGACUUCAUCAAGCGAUGGUGAAGCAGAGCUAAGACAGGAGACAUUUUACACACCUCCUAUCAGUGUAACACCAGUGAAACCAAGAAGCAAGUCAGUCAGAGUACAGGAGCCAUAUUCCAGCAAGGAUAGUAACGAAUGUGGCCAAGCUUUGCCAGUAGCUGAUACUGUUUCUGUGUCAGGUAGUGUCAUUGCUAGUGAGAAUCUAGACAGUGACAAGCGAGACUGUGUGCGUAUGCCAGCAUUCUUACAGCAACCAUUUUGCAAUUGUGCACCUCAUAUACUGCAAUUUGUACCCGUCCUUCCUGGAACCACUAUGGUUAUUGUCAGUCAGGUGAGAGUACAACUGGCCAAGUUAAUCAACAAUGCAUUGUACCUCCUAAACCUGAUUAGCCAACCAAGGAGUGAGGUGACAGAAGUUCAACAAAGUUUUUCUCUACGAACCUUAUCAGAAGCAUUAGAAAAUGUCAUCAAACAAAUCUGUGAGCAUGCCAAGAAGUUUAAGACAAGUAGCAUGUUAAGGCAUCAGAGUGAGCUCAAGGAGUGUUGGCAGCAUGUGAAACGCUUUGGUCUACAGACCUACUUAGACACCAGCAAAACAUCUUCAAUGGCACCAAGGUUGGAAGCAGCUUUGUCAGAGAUGAUGCGUAUUCUUAAAGUAAUCUUCAAAGCCCGUUAUUUCAACGUCAAGUCAAGCCCUGAAGGUGUAUCCAAGAAGUAUGCAGAAACCAUUAAAGAAUCCCAACAACUACUGCGGGAGAGCUUGUUUCACUACCAGCAAUACUUGAGCAUCAAGGCACAGCGCAAUAUUACCAUGACCACCUACUUGGAGGAUUUCCCUGGUCUUGUGCAUUUUGUCCAUGUUGAUAGGAAGACAGAUCAGAUUACAGCACCCUCUUUGGGAACAUUAGGUCUAUUGAAUAAAGAGAAUAGGGGCCAGGACUCUGCUGCAUUGGUCAAAGAAAAGGUGUGGAGCAUAGUUCCCAUGAUGCAUGACUAUCUGAUGCAGGGCUAUUACACUGCAGCAGUAAGACAUGGAGAUUUCUACUUCACAUAUUACCUCUACUUUGAAGAUGUCACAGGCAAAUUAGUAGCAGCUCAGCGGCCAAUAAAAAUGGAACAUACAGACCUUCCUGGUAUUCUGACUGGAACCUUUUUCAAGGAAUUGGUGCAUCGCUGUUUUCCGGGUAUUCCAACUGGUUUUGUGCGAUGUUGUGAGCUUCUAUGCAUCCAUCUGUCAGUGGUUCCCAUUCAGUAUGUUACAGCUCAUGCUAGGCGUUUGUGUGCUUCACUCUGGGAGACAUCUGGUGAAGUUGCUGCACCGGUAAAUCUACUAUGAGAAUACAACCACGAGUCACAUAUGUGUAUCUGUUCUGUGUGUUAUUUUAUUUCAACUAUGGAAUAAGACUUCCGAAGAAUGUUCAAACUUAAUUUCCUCUGUAAUUGUCAGUUGCUAAUGCCAUACAUAAUAUACCCAUGUAACAAACUUUAAAUUAAAUUAAAUACAAAAAAACAAAACAAAACGGAUGUACAUGUAUAAAUUCUAGAUGCUAAGUGAAAAUGACCAAAACAAAUCUGCUAGACGUGGCACACGUAAUGUAGCCAGCUUUCUAAGUUAAGAAAAUAGAAUGGUGUACAUGAUAGGGUAUAUACAAGCAUACAGUGUAUUGUUUAUCAUAUCAAACAUAAGAAUGUCAGCCCUUUAUGCCAUUUUUUGGAAGAUGUCAAAAACAACCAAGAAAGUGCUGUAAUUGUUACAGUUCAAGCCAAAUGUCUACACACUUGCACAUGUACAGAUGCGCAAGAAACAGUUCUGAUACAGUUCACAUCCACCUCCUUUGGUACUUCAGAAAACUCCUGUUUUGCAUUCCUAAUUUGCAUGGUGGAAAUUUUCAUAAGUUAUGAUAGUGGAACUAUUUAAGAUGCCCUGUACUUUACUUUAGCAGUUGCACUUGUCGUAAAUGAGUUCUUAUUCCAGUGAAAUAAAAACAAAAAGGAGCUGGCUCUUGAAACUGAGUCCAGUUUAAAGAGAAACUUGGUGGUGCAUGUUUAUGUAAAUGUUUGGCUUCAACUGAAAAGAACUGAUUAUCGAUUGGUCAAACAACGCAGUCACUGUACAAAAGAAGGCAAAUAAAUGUAUGUUUUUAAUUCGGAAUUGGAAAAAAAAAUUUACUUGGACAAUUCACUUUUGGUUCCUUUUUUUUAUAAGUCAGUUAUCCAGUCUAUACUCACAUUUAAUUUGAUUUGUUUUAUCUCACAAAAUCAAGCAGGGACAGGUUAGAUUUGCCUCGGAAAAUGGCUCAAAAAUUAUAGGUUUGGAAUUACCCACCCUUUAAAGACUGUGCGACAACAGUUGAAAAUUGUCCAAGGUCAAUAGUAUCAUGAAAGACCCAUCUCAUCCUUUGUUCAACAAUUACAGUUAUAACAGAUCGGGAGCAUGCCUUUGUGUGUCCCUUCCCCAUGGCAACAAAACUCAUUACAGACAGUCAUUUGUAUCGGAACAGCAUGGUGAUUAGAUAAAAUACUCAGUGAGAUAAUUUGAUGAUGGGGUGUAAUUCAUUUAUUUCUUAUUUAUACUGGGUAACUCGUUCAGUUCAUUAAAAAAACAAAAACCUUUCUCCCAUGAGUCCUAGUGAACAAUAAGACAAGAAAUAAAAAGAGAGCUAAAAUUGAACCAGAUGAAACUACAUUUCUAUAGAUAAAAAUACAACAAGAAUAAUUAUUAUUACCGAAAAUUGGUCACUUGGGAGACAUUUCCAUAGGAACGUGCACAAACUUUUUCAAACUCUACCGUCCCAUUAUUCAAUAUUCCUUAAUCCUAUCUUAACCAAACUUUGCAUGUUUUCCUUUCAGACCCUAUUCUAUCAUCUUUAAAAAUGGGGAUAGUAAAAAUUUUACUCCUUUUGGUAGUUAAUGACCGAUGUCUCCCUAAUGUUGAAAAAUUUACCACAAAAUGUCCCCCAAGUAACCUAUUUGGAAAUAUUUAAAUAAUAUGAGUAAAGAAAACGUAAGCAGAGUAUCAAUUAUGAAUAUUACGAUAAAACAUUCAAGAGAGCUGAUUCUGAAAAAUACUUAAACUUGUUGGGAUGGGAUGCUUUAACGCCACAGGCAGUUUGUUCCAUGCCUUCACACCUUGAAAUUGGAAUGUUCUCUUCCCAAAUUCUGUCCUUGGGUGAGGGAGACAAAUAACUCAUCACACAAUGCCUAGUAUAAGAGUGUUGAUCACUCACAUAAGAAACAAAGUGUUAAGGUAAUCUAGAACAAGGCCACUUGAACAUUUAUAAACCAUUAUAUUCAGAUGGCGUUCACGUCUGACAUGUAAGCUAUCCCAUCCCAACUUGUUAUAAAUGAAAUCACGAGGUGUUCUUGGUGGAACCUUCAAGAUCACCCUGUUCGAUUGAACAAAGCAUCGAGACGUUGCACUAAGGUAUUGGCUGCAUUACUCCACACAAGGUCACAAUCAUCAAGUUGAGUAAAAAUCAGUGAAUUGGCAAGAAUGUUAUUAAAGUGUCCUUUCAGGCAAAUAGCUCCGAACACGUAGCAAGAUUCUAAUUCUAUUUGAAAUGCAAGAUUCAAUAUACUCCACGUGCUCCUUCCAUUGAAGUUUAGAAUCAAAAUUAACCCCAAGAUAUUUAAUACAUGAAACUUGUUCCAGGGUACUGUCCAAACAACAUGCUUUUACAUAUUGAGGCACAACCUGUUGUUUGCUAAACAAGUCGUUAUUCUAUCCAUGUCAUCAUUCAAACGAUACUUGACAUCCCUAAUGUCCUUACUUGAAUAAAAAAUAGCCGUAUCAUCUGCAUAAAGGAUAACCUUGGAAUGCUGAAUCACAGUAGGUAAAUCAUUAACAUAAAUAAGGAAAAGCCUCGGGCCUAAAAUAGUGCCUUACGGAACUCCACAUUGAACAAGUUAUGUAUCAGAAGUGACAUUGCCAAUUUUUGUGACCUGUUUUCUCAUAGAAAGGUAGGAAGUGAACCAAUGAAGUUCCCCUCCAUCCAGGCCCAUGGAUUGCAUUUUUUUAAGUAAAAUCCAGAUCCAGUAAAACAGCCCCAGUUAACAUGCCAGAAUCAAAGGUUUUUAACAAAAAAUCAGAAACAUUGAUUAAAGUAGUGGUAGUUGAGUGGCAAAGUCUAAAACCAGACUGUUCCAAGGCUAAACCAUUAUCGUCAAUUAAGAAAUGAGAAAGCUGGUUGUAAACUACAUGUUCAAAGACCUUCAUGACAACUGAAAUAACAGAAAUUGGUCGAUAAUUAUUGCAAUCCAGUGUACUACCACCUUUAUGAAUGGGAAUUACUUUGUAAUGUAAUGUAUAAUGUAUCUGCCAUAUUGAAACAAAAGAUGCAAAUAAGUAGAUUUCAAUAGAUUCUAUUACUUACCAUUUGAAACAGAUUUUAUUACUAAAUGCCAUUUCCAUUGUUUAUUUUGUAUUUAUUGAUUGUGGUUGUUGGUUAUAGAGGCAUUGCAUUGUGAACAUCUAUUGUAAUAGGUAAAUUGUUAAGAUGUAAUAUUUAGUUGUUUGUGAUAAUAAUUGUAUUUAUGCUCUAAAACAAAACUCCAAAUAUGGAUAAUAAACUUAUCAAAUCAAAUUGUAUAAUAGAUACCAAUGUGCAACAGUACAAUUGUAUAUAUGCAGACAGAAUGCAAUAUUGCCAUCAUUUAACACAAGUACCCACAUUACUUCAAUAAAAACUUUUAAGCACAAUAAUCUGCCAGUCAGUCAAUGGUGUGGCUUAAAUGCCGUACUAAGUUAAGAUGGAAGUAGUCAAAAUCUUUUCAUGAUGAGAAUAGUCUCAUUUGUAGGCAUGGACAAUUGUUUAAAGGAUUUCUUUGCAAGACUGCAUUGAACUGUCUGUAGUUAAGAAGAUUCACAAGAUGAACCGAUAUAGAAUCAAAUAAUGGGCGUUAUCUGUAUACAUGUAACCUGCUGCAACUUUCUAUGGAAGCUAAAAUGACCUGCAUUUCAGUUGACCUGCAAUUUCAUAAUGUAUCACAAAAAGACAGAAUACUAGCAAAUUGAACAUGACUUUCCAAAGCCAACUAAUUCAUGACAGAAAAAGUGCAAUUUUGCAAUUUACAUGCUUAUUGGAGACUGACAGGUUAAAACGUUGAGUGUUAACAGAUCUUAUCACCGUUGGUUUGCAUAUGUCAUACUAAGGAGGCUGACUGUUCACAGCCUUCUGUUGUAACAUAUAUCGCUCUGUGACAGGUCCUCAGGAGAAUAUGAGGUUGUGAUUAGAAAUAUUAUACAAACAUUGUUGGAGUGAAUCUCAUGCAUCAUUUAUUUGUGGCAGUUGGCUGCUAUGUCUUGCCUUUUUAGAAAGUCUUUCAUUUGUCACAGUGUAUCACAGAAACAAGGAAAUGCUGAUGGUCACUUUAGGCUUUUAAAGCUUCCAUGAGUAUGAGUAAAUCACGAGUUAAAGUAUGAGUUCAUGAAAUUUUUUCUUGCAAGUAUGAGUAUAUUGUCAUGAUUAUGAGUACUACAAAUGAAUGUAUACAAGUAUGAAAAGAGCUACAUUUUUGUGUAAGUUUAAACAUAAAUUCUUUGUUAAAACAGUAGUGAAAAGAAGAUGUUCUUUUAAUUAAAAAAAAAGAGAACAAAUGAAUUUUCUAACAUGCCCUUUUGCCAAAAAUUGCUGACUUGUUUUUCCCUUUAAAGUUUCAACAAACUCUCAUUGACUGCAGAGUCAUAAAUAAAUGGUAUAUAGCGAGCAAAUAUUGGGAUUUGACAGACUAGCCAAAAGUUUCAUAUGGGUAUGAAGUAUCAUUUGUGCUCUGGACCGAUCACCUAAACUGUCAUGCUUGUUAGUGUCAAAUCCCAAUAUUUGCUCACUAUAUACCAUUUAUUUUUUUUAUUUCGGUUUAAAUACUAUAUCAAUUCAGUGAGUCGUAGGACUCAAUGAUUGAUUUACAAAUAUUAAAACCAUUAAAAUUAUUAAUAAUUAAAAGUCAGUCAAAAACUAUUACAAAUUUCCAAAUAAACCACAUACGACAGCCACGAA